AUGUCAACUAAUGCUUUUUUGACAGGCUUGAGGUCUACUUGUUCUGCAGAAAGAAUCGGUUAUGAACUUUUCGAAGUGUUUAAAAAAGCAUCAAUAUUACAUACUUUGGAUCGUGAAUUUAAGUGUUUUGCAAAUAAAAAAAUGAGAACGGCGAAAAGAAUGUUUUCGAUUCAAGAACUUCGUUCAAGGUUAUUAAUGGACGCUUCUAUGAAUUUCCGCGACUCAAUGACUUCAUUUGCGACACUUCAUGAAGAUU